AUGUCUACCGAACGUAUCAACGCGGCUGAGCCGGUCGAGGUUUACGAUUACAUUGUUUGCGGUGGUGGCAAUGCAGGCUGCGUUGUAGCGGGCCGCCUUGCUGAAGACCGAAAUGCGAAGAUUCUCGUACUAGAGGCUGGACCUGAUAAUGCAGAUCUUGAGAAUGUCCAUAUGGCAGGCGGAUGGAGUCAGAACUUUGACAGCGAAACGGAUUGGAACAUUGUCACAGAACCCAUGGAGAAGAUUGACAACCGCCAAGUCAAAGUCAGUAGAGGGCGAUUCCUGGGUGGUUCGAGUGGUGUCAAUGGCACUUUGUGUAUUCGCGGGACGAAACAAGAUUAUGACGACUGGGGUCUGGAUGAAUGGACUGGCGAUAAGAUGUUUGAUUAUAUGAAAAAGGCAGAAACAUUUCACAGCAAAGAUUGGCACAAGGCCGAUGCGUCAGCUCACGGAACAUCAGGCCCUCUUCACACAGAGCCACACGAUCUAGCCCCCAUUUCUGAACGAGUUCGCGAAAGCCUCAUAGAUCAAGGGCUCCCAUACCACGCUGACAUGUUUACCACGGGCGAAACAGCACAUGGAUGCGGCGACGUACCAAGAACGGUGCACCAGGGUAUUCGAAGCACAGCCGCAGACUUUAUCACCAAGACCUAUCGCAGGAACAACAUCACUAUCAAAACUGAAGUGACCGUGGAUAAAGUCAUGCUAAAGAACGAGAAAAACGGGCUCACUGCGACUGGCGUCUCGACCAUUUCAAAGAGCGGCAAGAGGAUCGAGUAUGAAGCAAAGAAAGAAGUCAUAGUCAGCGCAGGAGCAUACUGCAGUCCGCCAAUCCUGAUGCGUUCGGGAAUAGGACCAAAAGAAGAGCUAGAGAAACACGGCAUCGAUUGUCUUGUCAAUCUCCCUGGUGUCGGUGGCAACCUCAUGGACCAUGUUCUCUGCUUCAUCUUCUACGAGGUCUCACAACCCAACCUCACAAACGACUACCUCGCGCACCACGACAACGCCGCCGAAUCCACCUACCAGCUCUGGAAAGAAAAGAAAACCGGAAUCCUCUCCACAUUCCCCUUUGGCAUCUUCGGAUGGGCGCGUCUCGACGACCGCCUCAACGACUCGCCUCUCUGGAACAAGGCCCCGCGAGAACCCGGCCGCGACCCCAUGGGCCUCGCACCCAACCAGCCCAACAUCGAGUUCUGGAACACGGAGCUCUACGGCGGACCCAAGCAAUACACGGAUUUCCCCGUCGACCGCAAACACGCGUUCGCCAUGUGUGCGCUGCUGUUCAACCAGCAUAGCAGAGGCAGUGUCAAGCUGCGGUCUAAAGAUGCGCUUGAAAACCCCGUUGUCGAUCACAAGUAUCUGGAUGAUCCGCUCGACAUGCUCGUCAUGACCGAGGCGUGCAAGUUUGCAAACGAGAUUGUCAUGAAGGGACGAGGCACAAAGGACAUUAUCAAAGGGAGUUGGCCGGCGGAUCUGGCACACCAUGGAUUUACGAAGAGGGAGGAUUGGGAAAGCCACGUCAGACAGCAUGCUACUACUUGUUAUCACGCCUCGGGUACGUGUGCCAUGGGGAAACCCGAUGAUGCGAAUGCGGUGCUUGAUUCUCGUCUUCGGGUGCGUGGUGUGCGGAACCUGCGUGUUGCCGAUGUGUCGGCGGCGCCCAAGGUGAAUAACGGGCAUACGCAGAUGGUGGCGUAUGGGAUUGGCGAGGGGGCUGCGGAGCUGAUCAAGGAGGAUGCAAAGGGGAGGGCAGUCCCGAAACUGUAG